UUCACUUGUCAUAAGCGUGAUCAGUCACUGACAACAUAUGCUAAAGUGUUGAAGGGCUGAAUUGGUUCACUAAUCUUUCCUCUUCAGAUUGAAAAUGUGCUUGCACACAAUGAUUCUACUGGGUUUUGUGUGGUUUAGUCUGCCACUUCUUGUGGCCCUUGCCUCACCAAGCCCUGCUUCGAAUGAUGAGAGAGUCCCCUGUCAAAUCUACAACUCUGGUCGCUCCGCAAACUGCCUUGGUCAGCAACUGGAUCAUGUUCCAUGGAAGCACCUCCCUUCCACGCUUGAAAGUAUAGAUCUCUCCUACAAUGAAAUUCAUGCCAUUCGUGUUAAUUACUUUUCUCGCCUACCUCAUCUUCGUGUCCUCGAGCUGCAGUUCAACAACAUCUCUGUGAUUGAGGACCGUGCCUUCCACAACAACCCCCUCCUGGAGCAUCUUAACAUCUUUAACAACUCCCUAGAGGAAAUCCCUGCCAACGCCUUGCAGGACCUCUUCAAUCUAAGGGAACUCCUUAUGUCGAAUAACCUUUACACCCAGGCCACAUUGUCAGCUGAUGUUUUCUCCAGAUUGACCCACCUCAAGGCCCUGUCCAUGGGCGGCCCCUUGGUCAAGGGUCUAAGGAAAGGGGACUUCCAGGCAUUGAGGAACAUUCAGUUGCAGGACUUUGCCAUUAAAACUUCAUCAAAUAUCAGUUACUAUGAACCGGGUAGUCUGAAGGUAAUCCAGACAGGUAGAAUGGGGUUUGACAUGGCCAUAGAUCAGAAGCCGAAUUUCCUUCCUUUGAUUCUACGAGACUUGGCCAACAAGACUUUCAGUCUCAUCCAAUUCAGGAACCUCUUUGAGUUCAUGUAUUACUUGGGAGAUGAGGAUAUUUUCAGAGGCUUGCAAGACAUCAAAGUAGAUUCGCUCAUCUUUCACCGUGGAAAAUUCAAUGAGAACCUUAUGAGGAUGGCUCUGUUUAAUCUACAGGUCACCCCCCUUAAACGUCUGACACUUCAAUACAUUGACUUUGCUCGCUCGCCCAACUUUCUGGAUAAUGGCUUGGGAUCCAGUAUCAAAGACCUUGCACUGAGUAGACUAAAUUUGUGGCACAUCAGUAAUCCAGACAUUUUGCGAUUUGACUGGCGCUUCACAUGGUUCAACAAAGUCCGACUGCUGUCCAUUCAGAAUGUCAACUUCAACUCUGUGCCUUGCGAUGCCUGGCUUAAUAUGGAAGACAUGGAGGUUUUGGACAUCUCAAACAACCGCCUGCAGGACAACAUCCUCUUCAACCAGAGAUGCGACUACAGGGGCACCAUGCCGGCUCUUCGUUCCUUCAAUGUCAGCACCAACCAACUGACCAGCCUUCAGGACUUAGCCUCCCUGACAAGGGAGUUCAAACAGUUGAAGGUCCUGGAUGUCAGCCACAACAUGCUGGGUUCUGCUGAGAAGAGUCGCAACUGUAACUGGAUGCAGAACAUCACCCAGGUGAUCGCUCACCACAACCGAUUCGAAAGUGGUGUCCUCCAGUGUCUGCCCACCACAGUACAAUUCCUGGACCUCUCGUACUGUGACCUGGACCAGCUGGACAUGGCCUACUUCCAACAAACCAUCAGCCUCAAGGAGCUCCUGCUCAAUGGGAACAAGAUCAAGUUCAUCCCCUCUGGGUGGAGAAGUCGCUCCUUGCAGUCACUGGCUCUGGAUGGGAACUCCUUUGGGCUCAUCAGCAUGGGCUCCUUCCAGGACAUGCCCCAUCUGUCUCGACUGACGGCGGGAAACAACCCAUUCCACUGCACCUGCGACCUCCAUGCCUUCAUCCAGGACACAAUUUCCAAGGGGAAAGUCAACAUCACUGACUGGCCAGAGAACUACAAGUGUUACCAUCCAGAGGCCCUGCUCAAUACCGCUGUGGCAAAUUUCUUCCCGGGUCACGUGGCCUGCGAUAUCAGACUGGUCAUCAUCAUCUGUGUGGCUACUACUGCAGCUGUGGUUUUAGUGUUGAUGCUUAUAUGCUACAUAUUCAAUGUUCCCUGGUACAUCAAAGCCACAUAUCAGAUCCUCAGAGCCAAAUACAGGGCUCAUCAGGAAGGAGCAUCUGGAAAAUCACAGAUCUAUGUUUACCAUGCCUUUAUCUCCUACAGCCACCCAGAUGCAGACUGGGUCAGGGACCAGUUGUUGCCCUGCUUGGAGAACAGCAAGCCCCCCUACCGACUCUGUAUCCAUGAGAGAGACUUCAUGCCAGGAAAGUGGAUCAUCGACAACAUCAUUGAAAAUAUUGAGAGCAGCGAAAAGGUCAUAUUUGUGUUGUCACACCACUUUGUGAACAGCGAUUGGUGCAACUACGAGCUCUACUUUGCCCAGCAAAGAGCCAUCGGCAAGACCUUCAGCGAUGUUAUUCUGGUGGUGAAAGAGCCCAUCGACCCUGAAUCUCUGCCCAGCAAGUAUUGUAAGCUCAAGAAGAUGCUGUACACCAAAACGUACCUAGAGUGGCCCCAGCAAGCCAAGCAGCAGACCUUCUUCUGGGCUCAACUUAGGAGCUGCCUGGGCAAGCCCACAGUGACUAAAGAGCAGGCUCUUAGUGGUAGGAGCAGCAGUGUAUCCUCAGUGGGUGCUGUGCCUGUGAUAGAGCUCCCUCUAGAGGAUGGGAAACCAGCGAUAGCUAUGCCAAAUUUAGACAGAGAAGCAGAGCUCCACAAAGUAGUUCCUCAGGAGAUCGAAAAUCUUUCAGUGAGAAGUGCAGAGUUUUAUGGGCAAAGACCAAUCCAUGUAGCCGUGGCAUCAGACAAAAUAAGCCAAGCAUGUAGCUUGUAAUGUGUAUAGUGUCCCAAGACCAAUCUCUCUCUGAAGUGCUGAGCUUGAGUGACUUCUUGACCAUGCUGUGGCAGAUAAUGUGUUUUCCAAGCUGCUGGUAGCAUUAGCAAGUGUUUCAUAAUGAUGACAGUGAAUAACAUGAUCUGUCUGCUACCCACCCUUCUGACAUGUACAGUGCUUACUCCCCCUUGAACUCUUUACAUUUUGUUGUGUUACAAAGUGGGAUUGAAAUAGAUUACAUUUUUGUGUCAUUGAUCGACACAAAAUACUCCAUAAUGUCAAAGAGAAAAAAAAUAAUAAUAACAGAAGUAUAAGUAUUAAUUUAUAAGCACAAGUAUUCAGAAGUAAAAAUUGGCUGAACAAAUCACAUAAUUUAUACAUUUUUAAACCUUUAUUUAACUAGGAAAGUCAGUUAAGUACAAAUUCUUAUUUUCAAUGAUGGCCUAGUAACAGCAGGUUAACUGCCUUGUUCAGGGGCAGAACGACAGAUUUAUACCUUGUCAGCUCGGGGAUUCGAUCUUGCAACCUUUAACCACUAGGCUACCUGCCGCCCCAUGGACUCACUCUGUGUGAAAUAAUAGGGGUUGAUGGUAUUUCUGAAUGACUACCCUUUCCUCUGUAAGGUCCCUCAGUCAAGUAUUGAAUUUCAAGCACAGAUUGGAACACACUUUUUGGACUAAAUGCAAAGCCUUACACAUAAUGUAUGCCAUUUAGCAGACACUUUUAUCCAAAGCAAAUUACAUUUUGUGUGCACAUACACAUGCCAUGUAGAAUCGUCUCUGCCAUGUCAAAAGGCACGCAAGCCACAAAUCUCAUAACAAAAUGGAACCAGUGGGGACUGCAUGUUAAAUGACAGUUGUUUAGAAUGAAAAAUGUAGCUUAUGCAAUGUAUUCAUGUCCAGUAAUAUUGAGAAAAAUGUGAUGGUCCAAAUAUUGAAAACAAUAUAAAUACAAUAAUGAAAUAUAGUUUCCUAAAUAUUUUUUACUUUUCUAUACUCUAUACAUGCUUUAAUGUACAUGUGAAUGUUAUUGUUAAUGUGAAUGGAAUUGACUAAUUAAGUAAAUAACAAAUGAGUUCAUUGCUUAUCAUAACAUUGCUUGCCUAAAGCAAAUUAAUUCAUGCCAAUACCUCUAAUAAAACAGUGUCGUUUUGACUGUUGAGUGGGUAUUUAGAAAUAGGGAUGUGUUAGAAUGCAGUGUAAUUCUGUUUUACAAUAAAUAUCAGUGUGAAGGGCUGCUUUGUGAAACCUGGCAAUAUAUACAACUGACCAAUAGAUGACACCCUUUUACAUUUUCUGGAAGUCACUUUGUGUGUGUGUGUGUGUGUGUGUGUGUGUGUGUGUGUCUUGAGGAAGAGAUCAGACUUAUAUCACAGAAACUGGCAGAUGUCAGACAUGAUAUAACAAACAGCAUCUGCCUGUAGUUAUAUGCCCAGCAAGACAACAAACAUACUUUUAUUGUAUCAAGUGUUUGUUUUAUGCAACAGAAUAGAGUAUUCUUAACUUAUGUGUGUGUGUUCUACUGAGGAUGAUCCUCUGGGAGAUAACACUGACAGGAGAUUUACAAUGUCUUUUGGGUGGUAAAACCUAAAGAGCAUUCCAGAGCAUGAGUUAAUGUUUCUGUUCUAUAUGGUACCAGGGAGAGAUGGUUCCAGUUUGGAGUCGGAGGGACAGACACUGGUCUCUAUACAAUGAAAACUGUUGACACAGCAGAUACUGUCUGCUAUAGGUAUCUUUCAUACAGAUCUUAACCUUGUGACCCAGUCUAUAUAUCUGUUGUUCGUCAUGUAGGUUGAAAGGGGUGUAUCUUGGCUAUAAAAUACCUUUGUACUUUUGUCUCAGGGCUCUCAACGAAUCAUUUGAUCGUGAAUCGUCGACCAGCCAUCAUUAUUGUAGAGCACUCAAUUGAUUCACUUUAUAUGUGUGCGUUGUAUUGACCUGUCCCCUUAUUAAUAAGUGAUUCAAUAUUUAGUUUAAGUACAACUCUGACUUGUGUGAUAAGUUUGUCUUUCCUCAUUUGAUAGUAAAAAAAAAAAUGAAC